AGAGAUAGAUAGAUAGAUAUAUAGAUAGAUAAUGUAUAUCUGUAUGUAUAUUAGAUGCUGUAUGACUCUAUGAUGGGAAUCCGAUCUCACCACCCAGUCCCUUUCCCUAAGCUCCUCCCACUCCCGGUUCCACCCCGCGCCCCCUGUCUCCGGCCCUGCUCGCGCGGCUGGGCACUGAGACAGCCCCCUCCUACCCGCUGAACUAAACUUACCCUUCACGGGGAAAAAACGAAGAAACUGCAAUACCCGCGAAUAUCCGAGACACUGUUGGAAACCGAGGAACUUUUAAAAACCACCCCGAGGUGUUUGGCCCGCGGAGGGGUGAAGCACGGGCCGGCCGGAACAGAAAGUAGGAUGUGGGUCUGGUACCUCCUGCUCGGGUCGGGAACGGGCACCAGCUCGGUCGAGAGCCAGCUUCUCCCUGGGAAUAACUUCACCACUGAAUGUAAUAUUCCAGGAAACUUCAUGUGUGGCAAUGGCUUGUGUAUCCCUGGAAGCUGGCAGUGUGACAGUUUCCCCGACUGCUUCGACAAGAGCGACGAGAAGGGUUGCCCGAAGGUGAAGUCCAAAUGCGCCCCCACGUUCUUCGGCUGCGCUAAUGGCGUCCACUGCAUUAUCGGUCGCUUCCGCUGCAACGGCUUCCGUGACUGCCCUGACGGUAGCGACGAGGACAACUGCACAGGUAAUCCUCUGGUGUGCUCAGCGGCUCGGUUUCACUGCAGGAACGGCCGAUGUGUGGAUCGAAGUUUCCUCUGUAAUGGCCAAGACAACUGCCAGGACAACAGUGAUGAAGAGAACUGCCUUUCCACAGCAGAAUCUCCAGGUCAGGAUUUUGUGACGUUGGACUACCGGUUGCGUUACUACCCCAGCAUCACCUACGCCGUCAUAGGCAGUGCCAUUAUCUUCGUCCUGGUGGUGGCGCUGUUGGCCCUGGUGCUGCAUCACCAGAGGAAACGGAGUGUGUUAUUGCCCCGCAGCGGAAGCCACCCUCACCCUCACCAGCCACUGCUGCUCUCCCGGCUGGUGAUCGUGGACAGAGGACCUCAAUCCUCCUCUCCAUCAGCACACUUCAGCUCAGCACAUAGCCUCCAGCUGCUCACCAGCUCGCUCUACCCCCAAGGAGCCCCGCUCGAGUCGCCACCCUCAUACUCACAGGCAGUGCUGGAUGUCAGUCGACCACCGUGGUUUGACCUCCCGCCUCCUCCAUACCUUCCUGACAGCGAGACUGCGUGUGGAUCACAGCCACCUGUUUAUGAAGCAUCCACACGAGCAAGUCAGCCUCCUGCAGUCAGAUCUGAGAGAGCACAAGUACACGGCCUCAAUCCCACAGCCAGAUGUGGAGCAGCACAGCCUCAAACCCUCAGUUCAGCUUCCAGCUCCAUAGUGGAGUCUCAGCAGCUAUAGCUGUCCACAGAGGGGUCACAGAGACACUUGUAUAUAGGACAAAGAGACGAGUAUGGGACUGACUGUGUGGGAAGGAAAAAGACGGAUGAGUGGCACAGCACUACAUUUGGAAUAUCGCUAAAGGACACUGCCAGAAAUUGUUUGGUUUUUUAAUUCUCGUGCAGUUUCCUGAGUGGAAAGCGCCAUCUUCUGGGGAAAACAUGACAUUAAUUUGCUACAGUUGAAAAGACAGUGUACAGAGUGAGAAAUCUACUUCACCUCUGAGACAUGACUGAUCUCGUAUACAAGACUGAUGUAGACGUUGCAUUAAUGAUGCAGACACCAAACGAAUAGCACUCGAGUACUACAGGACGAAAACCUGUUUUCAGCUGUUCUUUAUUAAUAGUUAUUUCUUUUGGUGUUUCUCUUUCAUCCAAUGCUUUAUAAUAUUCUGAAAAAUCACUAUGCAAAGUGAAGAUGUAAGAUCUUGGAAGAUGUAACUUAAAAAAAAAAAAGAAGACAUAUGGUGUGUAAAGAAUCAAAGUCCUAUCCUUUUCUCAUCAUUAAAGCACUUAUUAAUUUAUCCUGUUCAUACACUUUUGCUCGUCGUGUUCCCUUUAAAUGAUUUCUCAAAUGAAAUUCGCAGUAAACUCUAAAUAGGCAACCUUAAGCUGCUUUCACACGAAUACACUGUGCUUUACAGUAAGAGUGCUGGAUGGUGUUCUGAGUAAUUGUCCUACCUGUCGAGACGUCCACAGGUUUGUGUGCAUGCUCGUUUCACUUCCGCACACGUUACAUUCUUCUUCAAAUAGUUUAAUGCUGGAGACAUUUUCUGAUCGUUAGACCAUACACUUAUUAAAAUACGCCACCUUUAGAGUCCCAUCUGAAACUACUGGAACGGCAAGGCCAGUUCAAUUGCUUCUGCUGUAGACUGAAGACGUUUGGGUUUGAGAUCAAAAGAGGAACACGAGACGAGAGUUUUGAAUUUUACAUUUCAUUUCCUGGUCUUUAUAUGUAGAUGUGUUCAACGACAUAGAACAUUUAGCACAUUUUGUAUCACACCACCCAAUUUACAGACCACCCAAUAGUAUCGUGAAGGUUUUUUCUGUGAAAGUUUCACUACUAAAGUAGACAAAAUAGCUCAAAAUAUGUGUAACCAUGACGACAGUGAUACUGUUGGUGGUAUCCGCUGUAUUUUUGCCGGCACUUUCAGCAGUUUUACCUAACCGUGUGAGUGAUGCAUUAUUCCAAAACAGCACUAGUUAGUGUCAUGGUUCCAAUAACCACACAAAGGCUACGAAAUGAAGUCUGGGACGUUAAGUGUUGCGGAGUAAAGUGAAGUGUAGACUUUCCGAUGUUUUAUUAACCUGCUGGCAUUUACAACCCGCCUUAUAACACGAUGACUCCAAUUUGAACGGAAUAGAAAUGAAUUCAGGUAGAAUACUUAUACAAUAUAAAUAUCUCACCCCAAAAUUUUUAAAUAUACAAUAAACUUGCUUAAAAGAUUACACCACCAAUCCUGCCUUCUGAUUGCACAAAGGAAUGGCUUUGCUUAUCGAUCUCAGUUUAUUAACAGCGAUGAUUCGUUUGUUUUCUUAAUAUUACUUCUAACAAGAAGUCUUUGUGUUCCAUGUUGAAGUCUCGAAUAUCCUUAUAUUCGCUCACUAAAAAUACUCCAUGUGUCCUCCAUGUUGUUUGUGCCUCUCGCUCCCUGAGCUGUGGCCUGAUUGGUGGUGAUUUUAAGAAAUACAAAUCGUCUGAUGUCACACUAUUUUCAGCUAGUGUGAAAGCAGCCUGAAUGCUGUGCUGUAUGUGGCCUUGUUUCUGAACAAUCGUAAUCUCUUUCCUUAUAAUGGUAUAAUGUUGUUACAGUAUUUCUAGUGAAAUGUACUGGAUUUCUCUCAGAUGUCUGAAAUGAUUUGAUACUUUAUUCUCCAGGCCAGUGUGCCUGCUGCUACAUUAACCCUCUGUAUGUGGGGAGUAGGAGAUGUUUGAUGCAUGCUGUAAUUCAUGUGUACUAAAUCCCUCAGUGCCUUAUGGAUAAAAGCCUUUGGAUGUGUAGAAAAUGUUGCCAUUAAUUACACCUAAUUGUAGUAUACUUUGGUUAUGAAGUCACAUGAUUUCUUCCUUAGUAUUUGACAAUCAGUGUAUUUGGUUCAGCAUGAACGAAGAUGUGGCUGUUUUUACUACAUCCGCAUGGUAGGAUCGAUCAUAUUUAUAGAAACGUUGAUCCGAAACGAGUUUAUUAAACAUGAUCUGUUUAAAGCAGCCGUAAAUGAAAGUAAUUUAUAUACAGUCUAUUGAGGUUUGAUAUCUGUUCACUGUAGUGCAUUACACAAAACUCCUUUUAACGCUGACUUCAUUUCAGUGCUUUAAUGUAGGUUCGGGAUUGAGACGUGAAGCUCUGAAAUGAACUGCCGUUUCGAAAUGUCACAUCAAAGACUAUUAUAUCUAUAUCUAGUAUAUCUAUUUCAAGGUAUAUAACAGCCGUGUGUGUGAAGGAUAAAGACUUUCUUAAAUGCUGUUUCAUUUUUUUGUUGUCAGACUUGAAAGUUUUAAAAAUCUGGGAGAUGGUGUGUGUAUUUAAUAAUAUAGGCCUAAACAUUGUGAAUAUGUUAAACUGGAAAACUGGUGUAGAUGAAAAGUAUUGUUUGUCUUUUUGUUGACUACGUUAAACAGCACAGCUCCACUGAGGAGAUCAGCUUGUGCUGUUAGAAAUGUAAAGUUUGACCAAAGCUGAAUUUAUAUUACGUGGAAUCAAAAUAAAACAAAACUUUAGAUCCUGUUAUCAUCGUACAUUUUUGCCAGAAAAAGCAGUGGAUGCUUAUAGAAAUAAUUCAUCAUCAUUUGUUGCUUUCUUGUUCAGAUUUAAUAGGUUCAUAAAUAACUAUUACUACAUUCACCAAAUAAUAAUAAUAUAUUACCUCACGCUUCAUC